AUGAAGGCUCUCCUCCUCGUCCUCCUCGCCCAGUUCUGCUCGGCUUCUCUAAUCCCUGAGAGGGAGAAGGACCCCGAGUACGGGCGGGGGCAGGCGCAGGAGACGCUGCGGGCAGCCCUGCGCCUCCAGCGCCUCAACCAGAACGUGGCCAAGAACCUCAUCCUCUUCCUCGGUGACGGUGAGACGGGGGCACCCACCCCGGGCGUUGAUGGUCAUGACAGUGGUGAUGGUGGUGAUGAUGAUGAUGGGUUAUUUAUCUCCCACCCCCAGACCUACAACACCAACGCGCAGGUGCCCGACAGCGCGGGCACAGCCACCGCCUACCUCUGCGGCGUCAAAGCCAACGAGGGGACGGUGGGCGUCAGCGCUGGCGUCACCCGCGACCGCUGCAACACCACCAAGGGCCAGGAGGGGACCUCCAUCCUCCGCUGGGCCAAAGACGCAGGCAAGGCGGUGGGCAUCGUCACCACCACACGGGUCACCCACGCGACACCCAGCGCUGCCUACGCCCACUCCGCCAACCGCGACUGGUACUCGGAUGGAGAGAUGCCCCUGGACGCGCUGGAGGGCGGCUGCAAGGACAUUGCCCGGCAGCUGGUGGAGAACAUCCCUGACAUCGAGGUGAUCUUGGGCGGCGGGCGGAAAUACAUGUUCCCCAAAAACGCCAGCGACGUGGAGUAUCCCCACGAGGACAAGCAUCGGGGUACCCGCCUGGACCACAGGGACCUCGUCAAGGAGUGGCACGAGGUCAAGCCCUCUGGCAAGGUGGCCAAGUACGUGUGGCACCGGCGGGACCUGCUGGCGCUCAACCUCAGCCGCGUCGACUUCCUCCUGGGCCUCUUCGAGCCGGGUGACAUGGUGUACGAGCUGGACAGGAACAACGAGACGGAUCCGUCCCUCACUGAGAUGGUGGCUGUGGCCAUCAGGAUGCUCCAGAAAAAUCCCCGGGGGUUUUUCCUCCUG